AUGGGAUCAAGUGAUGUAAAAAUUGAGAUUGACCGUACUUCUACGGGAGGAACGUUCACAAAUUACGACAUAAUUAAAGGCACGGUCCGGUUGAUAGUGACAAAUUCGAUUACGCUUAAUUAUAUUCAGGUGAAGCUCGAGGGGGUUUCGAAAUCACAGCUCAGUAUUCCUCGGGAACGACGGGACACUGGUAGACGUGAUAGGGGGAGAAAAGAUCGAGAUAAGAAGGAGAAGUUGCUCCAAGAUGUGCACAAAGCGUUGUAUGAUACGGUGAUUGUUUUCCCGCCAGACAAUGUUAGACAGGUUUCGCAAGCGAAAGACUUUACGUUGACGCCGGGAAAUUACAGCUAUCCAUUUGAAUUCAAGCUUCCGUUGAACAAUUCGUGUGUACAGCUUCAAGGGAUCACGAACAAGGUGCUGUUCAACAAGAAGAAUUUUGAUUUGAUCAUCAACAAUGGGAACUUCAAUGCCAAUACGAUCAAGAAUAUGGCCCAGCAAUACAAUCAGCCGACUAAAGGAGGUGCUGUAUCGCAAAAACAGCGCGAUUACCAUAUUGUGAGCCAGCUUCCGCCGUCGUUGAGUGGGUUGGGUGAGUUUGCUAGUAUCAAGUACUACGUAAAGGUGACAUGCAAGCGUUCAUCAUUUUUGAAGACAAAUUUGCGGUCUGUAGACCCUUUCAUAUUCUUGCCGUUGGAUUUGGAUAGCCAUAACCAGCCGUUGGUCCACGGGGGAGAUUAUGAAGAAUAUAGAGAAGUUUUUGUGAGGAAAGAAAUGAUGUUUUCGGAUAGAAUUCCGGAGAUUGUGGGCCUUGUAGUGCCUCCAGAGAAGAAACCACUUCCGCAAACUCCUACGACAUCGGCUUCGGCGUCUCGAAAAGGGUUUUUGCUGCGGUUCAUGAACGCUCCUUCCACUGCACCUAGUGGUAUAUCUAGUUCACUGGCAACCCGCAAUAAGAAAGACCUUGUGGGCGUAGAGUUCAAAGAUGUUCCAUUUUCGUUUGAAGUGAGGUUCAGGCACCCCGCCUUUUUGAUUCCCACCAAGGCUCCAUCGUUCAAGUUGUAUUUCGUUUCGAACCUAAAGCCAUCACGGUACUCGUUGGCGCAAUACGGAAAGCCCGACGAAAGUAAUGGGCUUGGUGUCAUAUAUUUACAGAAGUUGAUAAUUGAACUAACCUCCACCACGGUCAUAUCGGUACUAGAGACCGAUGGAUCCCUCCUGGACAUUCACAAGGCCAAACACGUCGACAAUAUCAACAUAUGCAACAACGCAUACCAGAACCUAAAGUUCGACUUGAAGAAUUGCAGACGUCUGAAGUCGUCGUCCGCGACCAGCGCCAAUGCCACGCUCAAGGAUGUGUACGAGCUCGAGAUUCCCAGAAAGUAUUACGACAACUGCGUGUUGCCCGACUAUUUGUCGCCGUCCUUCAAGACGUGCAACAUCUCGCGUUCGUACCGACUCUCCAUCGUGGCGGCCAUUUCAUGCGAGAAGAUAUCGAACCCCACCAACGCCAGCGAAGUCGAACGUAAGGUGCAAUAUGUCGACCUCCAAUGCCCUGACAUCAAGGUGUUGAGUGGCUUGAAUAUGACAAGCACCCUCCAUUCCAAUGCCUCGGGAACUAGCUUGCCCAGCAAGAUAAACGACUCUCCAAGACCCUCAUACCCAUUCCCGGGAGACGAAAAAACCCAAGGCUCCUUCUCAUCAGAAGUAACCCCCACACUCCCCCAGAGACCCGUGUUCCCACCCGAAAAGCGCAAGCAAUCAACCUCCUCCGACGUUGUCUCCUACGAUGACGACUCCUCUGACCCCCAGCCAUUGCCCACCUACGAUGAUGUUGUCAGAGAAAGCUCCUACCAGGACAAUAGCGAACAUUUGCGAGCAAGACGCCGCUACCAACAACACGAACAGUACUACAAUAACCUAGACGAUACCUGA